AUGGUGGCCGUGGCGGGCAAGAUUUCGGAUGACUUCGACGCUUUGGGCCGCUUUGUCCUGCGAGGCUUCGACAAGACCAAGCCGAUGAGUUCCUUCCUUCCCGGUGUCGGAGGCUUUUGGGGCUUGCCGAUGUGGACGUUCUAUGUGAACCGUGGACAGGGAAUCUCAUGCUUUGGCAUCUUGAACAAGGACGGGCCUAUCAUGAGGUUUGAAUCAGCAGAGGCAGCAUAUCGCACCACCCCCUUCCAUGGUUUCCGGACAUUGAUGAAUCUGCAGCGGCCUGGCCUACCGGCACGUUCCUACCAGCCUUUCUUCAAUGAGGGUGAGGGGGAGAGGGACAUGCUAAUUGGCAUGAACGAGAUGGAGAUCCGCGAGAUCAACAAGGAUGUCGGUCUCGCAACAGAGGUUCUUUAUUUCACCGUCCCGAAUGAAGAGUUUCCUGCCCUGGUGCGGAAGGUCACCUUCACCAAUCUAGGCGACACAAAUCUUGAGAUCAGCCUGUUGGACGGUCUCAUGAAGCUGGAGCCUACAGGCAUUCCGCAUGAGAACCUAGUCACGAUGGGUCGAACCAUGGAAGCCUGGAAGAAUGUCUACAACACGGAAGAUGGUGACACGAGACGACCGUUCUUCCACAUCAGCACCGACCCAGCAGACAUCGCACAAGUCAAGAGAGUCGAAGAUGGACAUUUCGUUGUGGCCUUUGUUGAUGGAGACUACAAGCUGUUGCCUUUUGUGGUCGACCCUGCGGUGGUUUUUGAGCAUGACACGUCCUUUAGAUGCCCUCAUGGUUUCUCUCCAUCCACCUCGCCAGAGGCAUUGGCUGCAGGCGACCAAUGCAAGUGUGCUCGGACGCCUUGCGCUCUUGCAGCCGCCACUCGUUCCCUGGCACCAGGGCAAAAGGUGACGAUUACUGCCAUCUACGGCCAUGCCUCAAAUGUGACACAGGCUGUCGAGAAGUUCAUCCCAAAGGUUUGCAAGCCAGGCUUUGUCGAUAAGAAGAUGGAAGAGGCAAGAAGCAUCCCAGCCAGUUUGGCCAAGAAAGUCGAAACGCAAACGGCAUCCCCUCUCUUCAACCAAUACAUCAGCUUCAACUUCUGGGACAACUUGCUGCGAGGUGGGCUUCCGCACAUCCUCGGUGACCUCGGGAACGGUGCAACUGAUCAUCCAAAGGUGUAUCAUUGCUUCAGCCGCAUCCACGGAGACAUGGAGAGAGAUUACAACAACUUCCAACUCGACCUCACCUACUUUUCACAGGGACCCGGCAACUACCGGGAUGUGAACCAGAACAGGCGAGUUGACGUGUUCUUCGAGCCACGUGUUCGGGAUUUCAAUGUGCGUCAAUUCCUUUCCUUCAUCCAGGCAGACGGCUACAACCCCUUGUCAGUGGCCACACCCCUCUUCAAGAUGCCAGGAGAUAGCAACCUGAGCCAUUUCCUGGCACGGGUCACACCGACAGCUGGGCCAGCAGUAGAUGUGCUGAAGAAGUUGCUCCAGUCACCUUUCCGUCCUGGUGACCUCUUCAAGGCCAUGGAACAGCAAGGUUGCAGUCUGGAGAAGAUCGGCAGCAGCCUCUCCCGCGAGGAUUUCCUCCAGCUCCUUGCGCGGGAGGCCCAGGAAGUUCCCGUGGCAAAGUACAACCAGAACGGCUUUUGGUCUGACCACUGGACCUACAACAUGGACCUCCUGGACAACUUUCUAACCAUUUAUCCAGACAAAGAGUCGGAGCUGCUCUUUGGCCUUGAGCCCAUCCCUUUCUUCUUGUCACCCUCCACAGUGCAGCCACGUGCCAAGAAGUACAGAAAGCUCAGUGAUGGCACGGUGAUCCAGGCAGAUGCUGUUUUGGACGGUGAAGCCAUCACAAAGGCUCGCGAGAAGCUUAUGACGGCCGCCCGCAGUGGGAAUGGCUUUGUCGAGGAUCCACUUGGCAACAACAAUGCAUGGCACCUGGAUGCGAAAGGAGUCCCCAUGGUUGUCUCGGUUGGAUCCAAGCUGCUCAUGAUCGGGGCUCUAAAGUUCGCCACGCUGGACCCUCUCGGCAUGGGUAUCCAGAUGGAGACCGGAAAGCCAGGGUGGAACGACGCCAUGAACGGCCUCCCCGGCAUUCUCGGUUCGACCAUGCCAGAGAGCUACGAGACACUUCGCGUGCUUAAGUACUUGAAGAAGGUCUUGCAACGCUAUCCCAACAAGGACUUCGAGGUACCAUCGGAGAUGCACACGCUUCUGCAGCAGGUGGAGGCACAGCUGGGAAACUAUUCUUUAAUUUCGCCUGAGUCAGAGAACAUCACGACCGGCAAAGUGCCCGAAGCCGACUUUACCUACUGGGACGCCGUGAGCACAGCGCGCGAGGCUUACAACGAGAGCAUCAUGGGACCGUUUUGUGGAAGCAAGCAAUCGUGGAGCAACAGCCAAGUGGCCUCUCUGCUGGACAAGAUGGUGGCAAAGAUGGAGCAUGGCAUUAAGCGAGCUCUGAAGUUUGGAAAAGGCAUGACUCCUUGCUAUUUCUCCUACAAGGCAGAGAUCAGGGUUGAUACUGACGCUAGCGGCAAGGUUGCCAUCCCAUUGUCUUUUGAGGUGCCGACUGUGUAUCCUCUUUUCCUCGAGGCCUUUGUGCGUCAACUGAAAGUGACGGAAAACAGAGAGGAUUGCCUGAAGGUGUACCAGCAGGUGAAGAGCAGCCCACUCUAUGACACACCGCUGAAGAUGUACAAGGUUUGCGAGUCGUUGAAGGGCCAACCGCUGUCUCUCGGCCGCAUGCUCGCUUUCCCGCCAGGCUGGCUGGAGAAUGAGUCAAUCUGGCUGCACAUGAGCUACAAGUACCUUCUCGAGCUGCUUCGCGGCCGCCUCUUCACAGAGUUUUUCGAGGAGAUCAAGACGGGCUUGGUGCCGUUCAUGGAUGUAAAGCGUUAUGGCCGCUCCCCUCUCGAGGCCUCAUCCUUCCUUGCUUCCACAGCCUUACCAGACAAGCGGCUCCAUGGGACUGGCUUUGUGGCGCGCCUCUCCGGUUCCACCGCCGAGAUGAUGUCGAUGUGGACACUGAUGCUGGCAGGACCGCAACCUUUCCGCUCGAAUAUCUCGAAUGGCAUAGGAUCGCUGGAGUUGGUUUUGGAGCCGGCGCUGCCCUCCUGGCUCUUCAAGGAGGAUGGCACUGUGUCCUUUACGUUCCUAGGCUGCACGAAGGUGACCUAUCACAAUGCCGGCCGCAAGAACACCUGGGAACUUGGGGCCCCGCAGCGCUUGAAGUACUCGACUGUGGACGGCUUGAGCAAAACGCUCAGCGGCGGAGUGCUGCCACAGGCCGAAGCACUCCUGGCUCGGGAGCUCAAGCUUGCCACCAUCGACGUCUACUAUUGA